GGUCUCUCUUGCGUCCUCGGACGCUCUCGCCCCGAGACGGCAUAGCGCCAACUCAGAGGUUGGUUUAGCUCGCCAUUGACACUUCACCUUGCCGCUGCAUCCAAAUAUCAUAAGCUUCCUCCAGCUCGAGCUGUCAUAUUCUGUUUUCUUUCCCCCCUUUUCCGCCUUUAUUCCAAGAUCCUGUAGCAUCCCGACCACUGCGAGUACCGAGAGAUAGAGAACAGGUCCCGGACGGUGAAAGACCCAAUUACUCCUCUACUCCCACCACCACCGUCGUCAUCAUCAUCAUGGCACCGACAGCUCUCGCCUCAACCAGCUCCGGACAGUCCAGCCCGGGCCGGCUGCGCAUCCUCGUGCCCGAAAAGGUGUCUCCCGACGGCCUGGCCCUGCUCUCCGGCGACUUUGACGUCGACACCCGCCCGGGCCUGUCCGCCGCCGAGCUGGUCGAGCUCAUUCCGUCGUACCACGGGCUCAUUGUCCGCUCAGAGACGAGGGUCACCGCCGCGGUCCUCCAGGCCGGCCGCCGGCUGCGCGUGGUCGCCCGCGCGGGCGUCGGCGUGGACAACAUCGACGUCGACGCGGCGACCAGGCACGGCGUCAUUGUCGUCAACUCGCCCGCGGGCAACAUUGUCGCGGCCGCCGAGCACACGGUGGCGCUGCUGCUCGCCACCGCGCGCAACAUUGGCCGCGCAGACCGCACGUUCAAGCAGGGCCAGUGGGAGCGCGGCAAGCUCGUGGGCGUCGAGGUCGGGCGCAAGACGCUGGGCAUCAUCGGCCUGGGCAAGGUCGGCAUGAAGGUCGCCCGCAUGUGCAUCGGCCUGGGCAUGAAGGUCCUCGCCGUCGACCCUUACGCCAGUCCCGCGCUGGCCAAGCAGGCGGGCGUCGAGCUGAUCCCCGGCGGGCUCGAGGAGCUGCUGCCCCUCGUCGACUUCCUCACCAUCCACACCCCGCUGCUGGCGUCGACGCUGGACCUGCUUGGCGAGGCCGAGUUCCAGAAGAUGAAGAAUACGGCGAGGGUGCUCAACGUGGCCAGGGGAGGAGUGUACAACGAGGCGGCCCUGCUCAAGGCCCUCGACCAAGGCUGGAUCGCCGGCGCCGGGCUCGACGUCUUCACCAAGGAGCCCCCGGAGCCAGGCAGCGUGGCGGCCGAGCUGGCGGAGCACGAAAAGGUCGUCUCGACGCCGCACUUGGGCGCCAGCACCGUCGAGGCCCAGGAAAACGUCAGCCUCGACGUCUGCUCCCAGAUGCUCACCAUCCUGCGUGGCGGCCUGCCCACCGCCGCCGUCAACGCCCCCUUGAUCCUCCCGGAGGAGUACCGCAAGCUGCAGCCCUAUGUCAAGCUCGUCGAGCGCAUGGGCGCCCUGUACACGCAGCACUAUGCCUCGGCCGGUCGGAACAGCGGCGGCCUGCUUGGCGGCACCAAGUUCGAGCUCGUCUACGAGGGAGAGCUGUCGGGCGUGUCCAACACGCGCCCGCUCUUUGCCGCCCUGGUCAAAGGGCUGGUGUCCGUCAUUACCGACUCGGGCGGGCGAGACGUCAACAUUGUCAACGCGACCCUCAUAGCCAAGGAGAAGGGCAUCGUCAUCAACGAGGUCCACGAGCGCGGCAGCAGUGACGACGGGUCAUCGUCCGGUGCAUAUGCGAGCCUGGUCACACUGCGUCGUGGCGCCAAUCGUAGCGGCGGACAGAUGAUCCAGGGCUAUGUGUCGGGCAAGAACAUCUACAUCUCAAAGCUGGGGAGGUUCACGUCGAGUUUCGUCCCCGAGGGCUCCCUGCUCAUCUUGCACAACUACGAUGAGCCGGGAAAGAUUGGCGGCGUGGGGCUGGUACUGGGCAAGCAUGGGAUCAAUAUCCGGUUCAUGCAGGUUGCUAGCCUGGAGGAGGAGGAGGAAAGCGGGCCCGAGGGGAAGGAGCCUGACGGAGGAGGCGCGGGCUUGCCAGCGCUCAUGAUCUUGGGCGUUAGUGGGACCGUCAGUCGUGCUGUCGUGGAGGAUCUCGAGCGGUCCGAGGGCAUCCUGGAUGUAAGCCUCGUGCAGCUCGAGGGUUAGACGACGCACACGGUUGAUAGCAUGCCACUAAGCGAACCGGACUUGCAACCGGGCUUGCAACCAGACUUGCAGAAAGGCUUAGCGAGCACAUGUGGGAGAAUGAAAACUGCCUGCUGC